AUGCGUAGAUGGUCUGGGAUUCCACUGGCCUCAUUAUUAUGUGGCUUUAUUUCACGACGACGUUCGUCUAAUGAUAAUCGAACUAUUGAUAGUAGUGCAUUCAUCAGUGAUGAUGAUGCAUUGCGUGGAGAACUUGCAUCUGUGUUGGAGACAGAAGGCCAUACAUCGCCUCUAGAUGCUCUUCAACAACCAUUGGAGUCUAUUGCUGGUAGUAGUACAGGCAUGACUAUUCAAUUGGAGAAACUAACACGUCCUCCAGCCCGUUUUGAUCUUCUCACAAACUCUUUUGUUUAUAAAUGGCAGACAAAAGCAGGACUUGCUCGUAAAGUCUCAGGACCUAUGCGAGAGUGGGCGGCAGAGUUGAAGUACCGAACAGGUGUACAUCUGGAGUUGGAACCUACAUAUCCAGAUAGGCUUUCAGAUGAAAUCAAUAGUGGAACCAGUGGAAGCAGCAACAACGACAAUAAUGAAAAUAAUAAUAAUAAUAAUAAUAAUAAUAAUAAUGGUGAAAAUGAAGGAGGUGCGUAUGAAUCAGCGGAUGAUGUAGAUAUCACGGUAUAUCUAUUUGGUUCAGAACGUGGUAUCUUUAACUGUCACAAAUUAAUGGAAGCUGCUAUUCAGCAGGAUCCAGUGUAUGUACGUCUAGGUAUAUUUAGACGGGCUUCUGGCUCUAAUGAGGUGGAGUGGUUAAUGCUUCGCCGUAUUAACAGAGAACUACGACCUCCGGAUAUCCCACCUAUUUCAUUAAAAUUGCCAGGAAAGUGGACACUACUGUAUGAGCGAUAUAAAGAAGCGGCUGUACGAACAUUAUGGGAGGAAACUGGUAUUACAGUAGAUCCUACGAAUGUAUUUCCAACGGCUCAGUUGUAUCAAACCAAUCCACAGUAUUAUUGGCGUGUGCCUGUACGUUACUUUAUUGCGGAAGUCCCGCAUGAUGUACGUGUGGAAGGGCCGCAGGUGGUGCCAACACAAUAUAUGCGGAACUGGGAUGCCCGUUUACUGCGACAAUCACCAGAUCCGAUUGACCGUGCUUGGGCACAACUUGCAGAUCCCACAACGGGAUGUGCGUGGAUGAAGGCUUCAAUGAUUGAUGAACUGCAGAGACCACUGCGGGGAGAUCAUUACAUGUCGAUUCGAUACACUCCACCACCAUACUCUAACCUGCAGGAAGUGGUUGGUCUCGGUGAUGGCAGUGGCACUACUAGUGAUAUGAAUGGGACGACCCCUACACCACCAUCCUCUUAG